UUACUACGCAUGCAUUCCUUCACCACAAGCUCGCUCACACACCCAUCAACAAUGGCGUCCACGACCUCCAAACCCUUGCAGUGCUUGGCAUUGUUCCUCCUCCUCGCGCAGCUCGCCCACUCAGCCUUCAUCCCCAAGCCCAAGAACCGCACCGAGCACAAGCCUGAUCAGCUGUCGAACACCUACAUCGUCCAUGCCAACCACCUCCUCAAGCCGUCCCGCUUCGCCACCCUCGAGCACUGGUACAUCUCCAUGGUGGCCACGCACUCCCCUCGCGCCGCCACCAACGCCACCGCCGCCGCCGCCGCGGUGGCCGGCCGCAUCCUGUACACCUACGACACCGUCAUGCACGGCUUCGCCGUGCGCCUCGCCGCCGACGAGGCCCGGAGCUUGUCCCGCGGCGCCCCCGGCGUGACCGCGGUGCACCAGGCCAGGAUGUACUACCCGCAGACCACGAGGUCGCCGGGGUUCAUCGGCCUCGACCCGGAGUACGGCCUGUGGCGCGACACGGAGUUCGGCGACGGCGUCAUCAUCGGCGUCAUCGACUCCGGCAUCUGGCCGGAGAACCCGAGCUUCAACGACAGCGGGCUCGCCGCCGUCCGCCGCAGCUGGAAGGGCGGGUGCGUGGGUCUCGGCGCCAGGCUGUGCAACAACAAGCUGGUCGGCGCCAAGGACUUCUCCGCCGCCGAGUACGGCGGCGCCUCCUCCCCGAGGGACGACGUAGGGCACGGCACGCACGUGGCGUCGACGGCCGCCGGCUCCGAGGUCCACGGCGCCGGCCUCUUCAUGUUCGCGCGGGGGACGGCGAGGGGGGUGGCGCCCAAGGCGAGGAUCGCCAUGUACAAGUGCGGCGGCAACUGGGGCUGCAGCGACGCCGCCAUCAUCGCCGGGAUCGACGCCGCGGUGAAGGACGGCGUGGACAUCAUCUCCAUCUCCCUCGGCGGUUUCCCGAUCCCGUUCUACGAGGACAGCCUCGCGAUCGCCACGUUCGGCGCCCAGCGGGAGGGCGUGUUCGUCGCCCUCGCCGGCGGCAACAGCGGCCCUCGGCCGUACACCGUGACCAACGUGGCGCCGUGGAUGACCACCGUCGGCGCCGGCGCCGUGGACCGGCUGUUCCCGGCUAACCUCACGCUCGGCAACGGUGAGGUGCUCGUCGGCCAGUCCCUGUACACCAAGAUGGCCACGGGCACCACCAUGGCGCCGCUGGUGUUGCUGGACUCCUGUGACGAGUGGAGUCUCUCGCCCGACGUCGUCAUGGGCAAGAUCGUCGUGUGCCUCGCCGGCGUCUACGAGGGCAUGCUGCUGCAGAACGCCGGUGGCGCCGGGCUAGUCUCCAUGCAAGGUGAGGAAUGGCACGGCGACGGAGUGGUAGCCGACGCCUUCACCCUCCCGGCUCUCACUCUCAGCUACUCCAAGGCCGAGAAGCUCAUGGACUACUUCGAGUCGGCGGCGAGCCCGGUGGCGUCGUUCAGCUUCGCCUGCGAGACGGUCACCGGCGAGAACCGUGCGCCGACGGCGGUGGGCUUCUCGUCGAGGGGCCCCAACCGCGUCGUCCCCGAGCUCCUCAAGCCCGACGUUCUCGCGCCGGGGCUGAACAUCCUCGCGGCCUGGCCGCGCGACAUCCCGGUGUCGAUGUUGAACAUGGACACGAGGAGAUCCGAAUUCAACAUCCUCUCGGGGACAUCCAUGGCGUGCCCGCACGCCGCCGGCGUCGCGGCGCUGAUCAAGAAGAGGCACGGCGACUGGACGCCGGCCAUGAUACGCUCCGCGAUGAUGACGACCGCGGCGACGCUCGACAACACCGGCCGCGACAUCACCGACGAGGGCGUCCAGGAGGCCGCCAACGCCACCUUCACGAGCGCGACGCCGCUGGCGGCCGGCGCGGGGCACGUCCGCCCGCAGCUCGCCGUGGACCCGGGGCUCGUCUACGACGCCGGCGUGGAGGACUACGUCGACUUCCUCUGCAGCCUCAACUACACCGUCGAGCAGCUGCGGGUGUUCGUCCCGGACACGGCCGGGUGCGCGCCGGCGCUCCCCGGCGGCGGCCCGGCCAACCUCAACUACCCGUCGUUCGUCGUCGCGUUCAACGGCAGCACACGCGUCCGCACGCUAACGCGGACGGUGACCAAGGUGUACGAGAAGCCGGAGACGUACAGCGUGGCCGUGUCGGCGCCGGCCGGCGUGAAGGUGACCGUGAGGCCGGCGACGCUGGAGUUCAAGGAGAAGAACGAGGAGAAGAGCUACACGGUGGAGUUCACGAGCGUGGCGGGAGGACACGUCAACCAGAGCUGGGAUUUCGGGCACAUCUCGUGGGAGAAUCGGAAGCAUCAGGUCAGGAGCCCUGUGGUGUUCAUGUGGAACUAACUGAUGAAAUGUUGAUGGGUUGAUCUGUCGUGAGAGAUGAAGAAUAAUAUACUUGUGGGAGAUGAAUUAAUGAAUUAUCAAUGGGAAUUCUAAAUGUUGGCAGCUAA